GCUUAUGAAUCUGCAGCGGACUUUUGGGUCUGCGUCUUCUUGGGAUCUGGAAAAUUGUAGUGAUUAUUAUGCCCAAUUAAUCUAUGACAACUCUUUCCCCCAUUAAACUUUUUUAAACGGCUUAUGAUUCAUACAGUUUAAAUUCGAAAUGUCAGUUAGGAGGUAUACUGAUCCUGUAUAUCUCCAGUUUGUGUGGAAUGCAAUUGAAGCAUGCUCAAGAGAUUCCAUCGAAUCUUCUUUUCACGAGUUGUUGUCCUUUAUUCAAAGAGAAUGUGAUUCUAGAUGCACUGCAGGAAAACUGCAAAACGAACUCUCAAACGCUAUAAGCGAUGGUUGUAUAGAAUGUAACCAACGCUGUUAUGUGAAACGCGAUCCAAUGCCCAAAGUGAAGGAUAAACAUGAUUGGUAUUGCUUUGAAUGUCACGGACCAGGUCAUGUUGUAUCUUGUCCAACUUGUUUCAGAGUAUACCACCCCGAUUGCUUGCCAGUUGCCUUAUCAUCACAACUGUCCUCUGUUAUACCGUGUGAAUCUGGUGGAUCCGAAGCCGAUUCAAAUAUGUCUAGUGGAUUCCCACCUACUAGCCCAUGUCCUGUUUGCCAGCGGUUGUCGCGAGCAUCUAAUAUAUCAAAUCCUAGCACCCCAUCGGAGUUACAUAAAAUCUUCCAGGUUGUCCUUGAUCGGAUCCGCAACAAAGUCAAUUGGAAAACAAUGCAGGUUGUUGGUUACUUAAACGAACCUUUACGAAAUAACUACCUCGUAUUACGGCAAAUUAAUACUCGUCUUAUAACCGAACGUAUGCGAGCAGAUCCAUCAUCUAAAGAUUGUUAUCCUAAUCGAACCUCCCUUCUGAUUGAUGUGGAUUUACUAAUUCACAACACCGCCAUUUUUUACGGUUCUAAAAACGAUAUGAGCAAUAUGGCUCGACAGAUACGAUCUCAGCUAGAACGAGAAUUGCGAGAAUCAUCUUUUUGCAUAGAUUGUUACUUGCGUCUUCACUCAGCAUCAGUAAAUAAAUUAACAGCACCUUGUCGGGUUGCUCAUCGUCUCCUUUGGUUCCAACACAAUGGGUGGUCCUUUCGCCCUUGCAAAAUGUUAUAUGAGAGUACGGAGGGCUACGAAGUAGUUUGCUUUGGUGGACGACAUGAGAGAGUUUUUGUUCCACUAGCGAGAGCAUUUGAUAUGAAUUUUACAGCAGAUGAACUUGGUUUACGAGAAACACCACCUUUGAAAAAAGCACUGAAUGAAGCUGAAGAGUACAAAACAAACCAAGCUAUUUUUGAUCAGCAAAUGAAGAAUUCUGAUCAUCUGCCAAACAAGAUGCUGGCUGAACCUAUCUCGAUAGAUUCCAUAAGAAACAAUUUAAUCAGUGAGUCUAUAUCUAAUGGAACAUUCCUGAAAAGUGCUACUUCUCCGCCUUUAAAAAAGAAAAGACCUGGUAGGCGUCCACUAUCUACUAGAUCUCACAAUGAAGAUUUCAACGUAUCGCCUGAAAUGCAGGUUUUCAAAUCUCGUAAAUCCACUGGAGCAAAUUCACCUGUGUGGUGUCCUGUGUCACAGCAUUCUACGUCUCGACGUGACUCACAUUGGUCAGAUAAUAUGAAGAAUGUUACUGAAGAUAACUUAACUUCCUUAUCGUCACUGAACAGUGACAGUGAUGGUCCGGAAACCAAGUGCCGCAUUUCAGAGCCUACUCCUGAGAAUCCAAGUGUAAAUAAAUCGUCUAUGAAACUAUCGAUACCUCUCCUACCUACUCCAACAAAAAGAAAGUCACAUAAAAGAAAGCGAUGCAACGAAGCACACUCAAGACCUAGUUUCUCCAACGGCAUAUCAGCUGUCCCUCCGAGCUGUGACUCUAGUUCAUCCGAGCUUUCAACAGCGUCUUUUGCGGCUAAAACACAACGGACUAUACGCAUUAAGCCGUUGCCUUUUAGAAGUGAAAACAACGACAUUCCUCUUUCUGUGAAGGAAACCAAUCAGUCUCUCCCUCGAUUGACCUGUGUUGACAGUCAUGUCGUGCGUACAGAACCUGUACACAGCAUGUCCUCCUCAUCCUCUGCUGCAUCUGGUCCUUCAUCGGACCGUACAACUGUUCCUGCCCUUGCCUCUUCUGGUGGCCAUACCCCUCCUGAUUCAUCAGCUUUUUCGGCCUCUUCAACAUAUUCUGAUUUUUCCAAGAAAUCACGUGGACGUCCGCCUAAGACUCAUAAAUCUACCAAGUCCUCUUUGCCUUCAGCGAGCGCCAAAUCUGCUACUGAAAAUUCUGAUGAUUGUUCUUCCACCCCGUUGCUGUUAUCUGCAAGAAAUACCUAUGAACCCCCAGCUAAUAACAAGCAUAGUCUUCUUACAAUACCGAUAAGUUCUCCUAUCCGUUCAGAUAGGCUAACCGUUGCAGAUGAAGAUAAACAACAUCCAGUGUGUUCUUUAUCACCGCCUUCAUCCUUAUCAGAUGCAGAGUCGGAUUUGUCUUCUCUUUCUUCUUCAUCUUCCACCGUGUCAUCAUCAUCUCAGUUGUCUUCUUCCUCGUUGUCUUCAACAUCCACACUUUCAUCUCCUGCUCUACGGUUAUCCUUCUCUACACUAAAACCAAAGAUAAAUGACGAACUGUCGACCGCUCGAGUCAAGCAAAAGUCGUCAAAAGACAUCUUAACACCUUUCCAAAGUCAGUUAACUCUCAAAACACGUGAUAAUAAGGAAGGGACAAAAGAAGCUGAUAGUAGUCAACACGUUCCCAAAUUAACUAAAUCAAUUAAGUCGUCUCGCCAUAACUUGGAAAUGAAGGGACAUUUCCGACCGUCUUCGCGAUCUACUGCUAUAAAUACUUUCAAAAAUACAGAUUUGAAUAAUGACUAUCAGGAUGAAGACGUCGGAUUCUGUAUGGUUUCUCCGGAAAAGAGUCUAAAACCUGAAAAGGUAAGUUGAUCCAAACUGGUUCUCUUUUGCCAUAUACUUUUUUGAUCUAAUCAAUAAUCUAGUGGGUUGAUCAUAUGUCUAAUAAUAAUAAUUUCUUAGCAUUUACUGGAUUUGUCGAAUGGUUUACAUGGUCCUAUCCAUAAAGCACUACGCAGUCUGUACAAACACUAGUUCUAAUUAACGGUGAGAUUGUUUAGCAAGUCAGUACAUGCCUGUGUUCUGAUCUUGUUACUGAAGGUCCCUUGCUUUUGAUGAAUUUCUAACUUGAGAUAGCGGUUAAUCGCUCACAACAAUUCUUGUAUCAUUUAAUAUGACAAAAAUAAUUCACCAAGACUACCAAUUAAAAAGUUAAAUAAAUGACUGUCUCUAAAGUAAUAUUUUCUUUUAAGUUUCAAUUGUAAACGUUUACAUUCUGAUUUGAAUUUAUAUUGUGACUUUGAAACUUGUCAAAGAUCCUCACAUAGACUACCUAAUCAGUUGGUUCGUCGAAAGUGUAGCUUCGUUUAAAAUAUGCCUAAAUAAGAAUGUCCAAUUCGUUUUAAACUACUUACGUUUGGUUAACCGACACAUUGCUGUUGAUUUCUAAAGAGUUCCAUGUAUAUCGUAAUGAACUUUCCAAGGAUCUUUACAACAUACAUGUUAGAAAAUGAUAAUAAUCACAUUUAUUUUUUUCGUUUUUGUUUAUAAGAAGUUCUUUCUAGUUUUAACUACCUUAUUGCUAUCGUAGCCUUUUACUAAACUGUAAAAUACCUGUGUAUGUAUGAAGUCUCGGUGUUCGCGUUUCUGAUCUGAAUGGCAUUCAAUCCUUUCUGAACAGUUUAUUUCGUAGCUAUUGGUUUUAUUAUCUGAUUGGUAAAUCUAAUAAAUACAAACGCUGGAACUUUUCGCCAUUCUUAGUCAAGUUAACUAAACCUACAUGUACGUUACUUUCAAGCUUCUUUAGAGAUGAGGAAAAUGUCAGUCUUUGGAAGUUUGGCUAGUAAGAAAUCAAGUUAUAGGUCGAAGUAACAAUAGUGUUCGUAUGGUAUGUAAAUCAGUGUUUUUGCAGCUAAACUGUUUAUCCGUUUCCUUUUUUAGGUAACCGGAAUUCUGCGCAUUCCUGGCGAUGGUAGUAAUUCUGUUGACAAUAAAUCUCUGGGUUCUUCGGCACCCAACUCAUCCGUCAAAAAUUUCGCUUUUGAUAGCCCCAAUACCAAACUCAGUUCUAAAACCGUUCAUCCUUCUGGCUGGUCUAGUGGGACGAAAAUAUUGUCUACAUUUAAUGAUCAGCCAUCUGCAGCGCCUCAGCUUACUCAUCCAACUGGAGCAAAUGUCUCCACCGGUCCAACUCCUCCUUCGAACUCUUCAGCAUCUUCUUCAUGUUACUCUUCAGUGUCACCAGCUGCUCUUUCGUCUACGUCUGGUUUAGGUUCUAGUUUAAGUGAUCCGAAAUCAGUAGACGCAUCACCUGGUGAAGUAGCGACUAUGCUAGGGAAUGCACCUUUUUCUUGCUCAUCAGGCAAUGGCAGUGGACUGGUUGCUCAUUUGCAGUCUGAUAGCAAUAUGAUAAAAACUGAGGAACGAAUUCAUCGGAUAUAUGCUGAUCGACUUAUUGCCUUGACAACUGAGAGAGAUCAAGCUCGGGAGGAAGUUCAUCGACGCGACAUUUUAAUCUCUGAACUUCGUCGUGCACAUGAAGCUGAGAUUAAACGAGUUAAACAACGAACAUGGUGUCAAGUGUGUUUAAAUGAGGCAUUCUACCACUGUUGUCCCGGGACGGCAUACUGUUCUGAAACAUGCCAGUUUGAACACUGGACAGCUCAGCAUAAUCGCGAUUGCCGUCGUCGAACAGAGUCACAACAGCAACAACAAAUUCGUAGCUAGCAUAUUAUAGACCAAGUAUAUAUAUAUAUAUAUAUAUAUAUAUAUAUAUAUAUAUAUAUAUAUACUCUUCAACUCAGUUUCAUUCCCUUCAACCCCAUUUCUAGUCGUUCUCAACUUACUUUUAAGAAUUAAGUUUUUUAAAGUUUGGCAGCCGUAUUAGGGAUGGAAGAAUCAAUUUUAUCCUAUUGUUAUUAUUAUUAUUAUUAUUCGCGUCAGAGUCUCUUGGACUGUUGAGCGCCGCUCAAUCACAUCGUUUUCGCUACAUAGUAUGUUUGAUAGUGUAUAGUCUUUCUUUAUCUCAUGAUGGCAUUGUGAUAAUAACGCGUUCUUGGUAUUUUAUCGUUAUUGUAAGUAGAACUAAUGAUACUAAAACUAGUAAUCAUGAGCUUUAUCAUAACUAUUCUUUCUUGACAGACCUAGGAUUACACUAAACCCAGGAGCCAAUAAAUUUAUUUCAUUACUGAUACUUCUAGAUAGAUUUAAUAUUUCUUUCUUAAACUGAUCAUUUGCAGAUUGGUGAAUUUUCCUUAGUUCACUGCAAUUAUUAACUUCGUUUAUGAUAUUAGUGCUGUGAAGCGCAAGUAACAAUGUAUCCUGUAUCUCACUCCUUCAAUCCUCUUGUCUGAUAUUUGUGCUUUGUUGCGCUCAUUUAAGUAUAUUUGUUUUGUUGUUACUUUAACAUUCUUCAGUGUGUUCGAUAGUCCACACGCACAAAUACACAAUCGUAUAUGUAUGCAUAGAUAUACACAUGUAAAUCAAUCCCCUGUUUUUGUUUAUUUUUCUAUAUCUUUUCAUUUUUGUCUGUGAUUCAUACUAUCUGAUCUUUGUUUCUCCUGUCUUAUGUUUCCCCUUUCAUACUACUUCGUUAAAAAUUAAUCUAUUGUAUAUGUACAUACGUCUCACUUAAUGUUGUUUUGCAACAAAUCCAAGAUGCUUAUUAAAUUAGCAAUUUAAUAGUUGUAGUUAUGUAUUAGUUACGAUAACUCAUAUAGAUCUAAGCUCUCGUCUUCUGCUUGCUUCUAAAAAUCUCUCAUUUUUGCGUAAUAUUUUAAAACAGUGUAUUAGUAUUUUUCAAAUGAUUAUUAUUCUGUCCUAAGAAUCCUUUUUCUUUUGUUGCAGUAUAUUCCUACAUUGCUUGUCUUGUUAAAAAUUGCUAUUGAUAGGAGGUCGGAAUUUUUACGUAUCUAUAAACGGGAACGCACACUCACAGUUCGUUCAUCCAUAUGCAUAUGGAUAAGGAUGUAGUGGCAGAAAAAUUUAAUAAGAUAUAUAUAUAUAUAUAUAUAUAUAUAUAUAU